AAUGCUAGUUUUUUGGUCGGUAGGUGAUUACAAUAAACUCCCGGUUAAGGCGACCGGUGCGAACUUCACGCAGUUAAGUCAGUCACUGGGGGAACCGCGCGUAGAAAGCACGCGCCUACAACUCGGCAGCUAACUUUACAAACUUUUUAACUGUAUAACAAUUAACUGAAUAAGUUCCUGUGACAAAUAAAACAACAGUGCUGAAAUUGUGUAAUAUAAUAUUGGAUUAAUACGAAUUUAAAGCGUGGAUUUGCGUUUCUACAUGUAAUUAUCGGAGCAUCAACAUCAUGCACCCGUCGUUAUCUGCGGAGAGGAGAUCAUCGCGCGUUAUAUAAACCUCGAUUCCAAGAACAUUAUCUGAAGCGGACUCUUCAAUAAGUGACAGUGUUUCGUGUUAUCGUGCUACAGUACAACUCUGUGUUUAUUUCACACUCUACAUUCGAUAUUUUAAAAUUAGAAAAAAAAAGUCAGCAGUUCUGGAACAGUGGAAACAAAAGUGCUUAAAUAAAUAAAUAGAGAAUUCGAAUUCUCAAGCCGCGUUGACACGCGCUAGUGACUGGAACUAGUAGUGGACAGUUUAGUAGUUGAAAAUGGCCGGCACUGGUGGUGAGAUCUGGCUUCAGUGGUUCGCGUGCUGCUACCAGCCCGCCGCGCAGGCGCAGCGGACGCGCCGGAGAAUAGACCGCUCCAUGAUCGGAGCCCCCACAAACUUCCAGCACACAGGACACAUAGGAUCCACGGACGUGGACAUGCCGUCGUCGCUGCUGCACUCCAUCCAGAACCAGAUGCAGAGCAAAGGCGGCUACGAGGUGGCGUACGGAGUCAAGGCAUACUGAACGCGCAUGCCGAGGACUAGUGCGUGGACUGAGUGACUGUCGUGUUGAUCUUAUUAUUAUUGUAUUUAUUGUCGCGUUGCGCUAAGUGUUUAGUUCGUACGUGUUUCAAGUGUACAUACAAAGGCCAUUGUCGAAAUUCUAAAGUUACCUCUACGAUUUCCAUGAUCUUCAGUGAAGUCUCGAAUUAUUAUGUUACAAUGCAUUGUACUUAUUCAAAGACUGGCUUUGAUAAUCCUAUAUCUUCCCUAAUGUUCAGUUCAGUUGGUAUAGAAUUGUGUCGUUAAAAUUCAUAAACUGAAAGGCAUAAAUAUGCAAGCUGCCAUGUACCGGUCGUCCUUGAAUGAAUUUCAUCGACACAAAAUCAUUCCACUUUUUUGUAAAAAAUUAUGUUAUCAUAUAUUAAGCAUACUUUUUAAGACAAUUAAUUUUAUUGUUCUAAGAUUUUUCAGUCCUCGUGUUUAUGUUAGUUACUUUAAGUAAAAUGGUGACCGUGGAGGAGCUGAAACAUUAUUUCCGUUAGUAAUACCGACAGCCAAAUUAAUUAAAUAUAUGUUUUAAGUAGAAUUUACUCCAAACAGUAAUCACGCACAAGUGUUCGAAGGAAAACAUAAAAUAAUUUGAAGACGGAGUAAUGAUUAUACGUUGUUCACCGUCUCAAAUAAGUUAACAAUAUUUGAAGCUUUCAUGUUUCGUGAAAACUAUAGAUAUUGUGAUCAUUUAUAUGUUAGUUUCUGGAAACUAGAGUUUUUUCACUUUGCUCACUUUCAACGGUUUCAACUUUUUUUAAGUGUUUGAGCCUUAAACCGUUUUUAGACAAAUCUAUAUACUUUAUAUCAAAUGUUUUUGCAAUAUUUGCCUUAACACGAGUAAAUCUAUGAAGCAGGGUUUCUCAAAGUGGGGUUCUCUAACCCCUAGUGGUUCGUCAGCGAUUUUAAAGAUUCGCAACAAGACAGCACAUUUAUGACUAGAACCGGUGACUGGCUCACUUGCGCAUUCAAAAAUGAAUUACUUUCGUUAAAAAUAGUUUGAGAAAGGAAUUUUCAAUCGUCAGGGAAACCAUGUCACAUGAUAAGAAUGAUAAGUUUACUUACUUAUGUGAGAUAUUUUUAAUAUUGCCUCGAGUAAGUAAACUUUUAUUUACUGCUUUGAGUGAAAUACUGAAAUGUUAUACAAUAUAUUACGGCCGAUAUGAACUAUUAUACUAAUUAUAAACAAUCAUACCUUUUUAUGUGAAAUUAAAGUGUUGGAAUAGUUAUCCAGUAGUAGUUAUAAGUACCAUACCUAUUCCGUCAUUGACUGCCUUUUUACCUAUAAAUAUACCUGGUAAUCGUUACAUAGAUAUAUGUUUUCAUAUAUUAUUGUACUUAUUAUGUAGUUGCCGAUUGACGUUAGGGUUGUUGGUAGUGUCAAUUUCAUAAUUACGAGUUAUUAUUAACAAAGGGCAGAAUAUUAUAUGAGGCGGUCGAUUCACGUUUACUCUUACGUAACUUAAUUUGUCAGUUUAUUGUAAAGUCAUAUGACGUUGGGCUGUUUAUUGAAUUGGACGUGUUUUUACUAUGUAGCACAUUUAAUUUUUAACUUUUUAACUAUAUUAUUCACUAACUAUAUGAUACACGAUAUCGAAUGCGGAUGGGAUGGGAUAACCAACCAAAUAACCUCAUAUAAUAUAUGCAGAAAUGAUAAACUAACGGCCUAUAUUAACAAACCUGUACCUAUAUGUAGGUGCAUCGUAAUUUUAACUUUAUGGAUAACCGAUUCAAAUUGAGAACAUCUCUGAGAAACAAAAAACAUUGAUUUGGCCUCUAUAGGGACUGUGCGCGUUGGAGGGUCUGCCAUCUUGUAGCCUGAAUCGGAACCAUAAACAUGCACAUUUACAUGUCACGUGUUUUCUUGUGCAUAGUAGGCUCUGCCAUCUUGUGGGCUACAUCGGAACAAUAAACAUCAAAUUUACGCCUCGCGCCAAAAAUCUGACGGCUCCUGUGCUGCCUCCUACAGUUCAUGCACGCUCCCUAUUCUAAUAUCAGUCGAGAUGACGUUUUAUUUGAAAUGAAGUGUGAGUUGCAAUGCAAACAAUAUUGUCAAAUUUCGCAUGUUAUUUGAUAUCGAACGAUAUGGCAGUUGGCGCCGACUCUAGUUUGUCUCAGAAAAAAAAAAUGGAUGUAUGAUGAUGGAUGUUUUACUUUAUAUAGACCGUUAGUUUAUCGUUUCUGAAUAUAGUAGGGAGGUUAUGAUAUAGAUGUAGAUAAACAUGUCUAUAUUCAUAUUUCGCAUGUUGGUACCUACCCGAUAUUCGAUUAAUUAAAUGAAUUGACGCCCUAAAAGCUCAAUUACACUUGUAUACUCAAUCAAUUGUGUAACCCGAAAAUCAAUUGUCUAAGUCCUAAAAUAGUCAAUUUAUAUAUUUAUUAGUAAAUUAAGCGAGUGAUACAUUUGAGAUUAAGUAAUAUCGCCCAUAUAUAUGCUCUAAAUAACGUUUAUAAAUGCAGACAGAGGACUACAACUAACGUCCAAUAAGAUAAAAACCUACAAGUUUAAAAAGUCGUAAGAUAUUUAGUUUGGAUAUUUCCUUAUUGGGCGAUAGAUGUGUAAUUUUGACGCGUGAUGCGGUAUUUACGAGUUUAUUAUAAACUUCUGUGAAUCGACAAUGUCAAAGCUAAAAUAUUGCCUAUAUGCUUAGGUACUGGUCCCCAUAGUUUGCUAGCGAGUACGGUCGGGGCCGAUUUUUGAUUUUCGAUCGCUCAAUUUCGAGUUCUCCCUUUAAUUAUAUCUCCACUACUAGGCAUUUAAAUUCUACUAAUAGAAUUGAAAACGAGUGGUCAAUACCACUAGAUGCCCAAUUUCUAUCGCUUUUAUCUCAAAAAUAGCAUUUCGCCGCCGCAGCCGUUUUCCAUAGAUUCUCGAGUGACGCAAUCGAUUUCAUAAAUACAUUAUUUCGUGUAAUUUUAUACACAGUGUAUCUUACUCAAGGUGCGUUGUAAAGCUGCGCCGAGCCACUUUACUAAGGUCCGUUUACCGCCAUGUUGCCUUCACAUCGAGAAAUUGAUCGUUCUCCAAAUUCUGGUAGCUAAGCAAAUGUUUGCAAGAAUAUAAUAUAGAGAAUUCAAAAUUGAUUGUAUAAGUAGUCAAAACUUAGCAAAUCUCACAAUAAGUUGAUAAAAACAAUUAUGAAAAUCUUUUGGGUCUUCUUGCCCGAACCGUUUUGGGCAGUGAAAUGACUGAGUCAAGAGUUUAUUUCUAUAGAGACUGAAACAUAAAGCUUCUAUGUAUACCUCUAUUAUUGAAAAGCAAAAGAUAUUGCUAAAUGUCCAUAAAUAUUUAUCCUAUGUAUAAUUUUGUCCUUUUCCGGUUAAAAUGACAAAGUUAUAUUCAUGUAGUUAGUUGAUAGUUAAUUAUAAUUGUGUUGUUGUGGUAAACAUUUAAUGAUACUAGAUUUGUACUAUAUAAUUAUUAUGAUCAGAAAAUGAAGAUAUUUCAGAAAGAUGAA